AACUGCGCGCACUGUGAUACAGUCUUUAGUAUGAGUCGUCGUCGACAUCAUUGUCGUCUGUGUGGCGACGUCUUUUGCGACCCUUGCAGCAAUCACCGAGCCACCUUGCCUCUACAGGGGUCGGAAUUCGAAAAGCCUGUCCGAGUCUGUGACUUUUGCUACACUGAUGUG